UGUGUUUGUCAAUUCAAAUUUUUCAAUGAGUUAGUUGCUUUCGUAGCCGAGUAGAGUGAAGGUUUUAGUCGAAUUCCUUCUUGUUUAAGGAGCACAUAUGCAGUUAGUUCUUGCCCAACCACUGUUUUCUUCUUUUUCGUGAGAUUCUAUGGGGGAACUGGCAGCUGAGAAGCAUGUUAAGUACAUCUUAUCUGUUGAAAAGAGAAAGGAUGAUUUUCAAUCUGUGGUGAUGGAACAUCUAAGAAUGAAUGGUGCAUACUGGGGGCUGACUACACUGGAUAUUCUUGGAAAGCUCAACACUGUGGAUGUUGAUGAGGUUGUUUCAUGGGUCAUGUCAUGCCAACACGAGUCAGGUGGUUUUGCUGGCAACAUCGAACAUGAUCCACACAUACUUUACACCCUCAGUGCUGUGCAAGUCUUGGCACUUUUUGACAAGUUAGAUGUUUUAGAUGUUGAUAAGGUGACAAAUUAUGUUGUUGGCUUGCAAAAUGAAGACGGUUCCUUUUCUGGGGAUAUUUGGGGUGAAGUUGAUUCAAGAUUUUCGUAUAUUGCAAUUUUAUGUCUAUCAUUGUUACAUCAAUUGGAUAAAAUCAAUGUUGAGAAGGCUGUGAGCUUCGUCGUUAGUUGCAAAAAUAUGGAUGGUGGUUUUGGAUGCACACCUGGUGGAGAGUCGCACUCUGGGCAAAUUUUCUGCUGUGUUGGUGCUCUUGCUCUUACGGGGUCUCUUCACCAUAUCGACAGGGAUCUUCUUGGUUGGUGGUUAUGCGAGCGGCAAGUGAAAUCUGGAGGUCUUAAUGGUCGUCCUGAGAAACUCCCCGAUGUCUGCUACUCUUGGUGGGUUCUUUCUAGCUUGAUCAUGAUUGACAGGGUUCACUGGAUUAAUAAAGAAAAGCUCAUUCAGUUCAUCUUAGAUUGCCAGGACACAGAAAAUGGAGGAAUUUCAGAUAGACCAGAUGAUGCUGUUGAUGUAUAUCACACAUACUUUGGGAUAGCUGGACUUUCACUUCUUGAAUAUCCAGGGUUGAAAGCCAUAGAUCCAGCAUAUGCGUUACCAGUCGAUGUCGUGAAUAGGAUUUUCCUGGGCAAAAAGCAUGCUAUCUAAGAGAAUUAGAUCUACGUCGUGUUCCUGGUAAUUUAAACUCCAUAUCGUCUCUGUGUAAUGAUGGGAAGAAAUUUAUCAUCUUGUCACAUUUAGGCCUUUGGAUCGUAAUUUUUGGUGUGGCCAUAUUGGGAGCAGUAGGAAUUUGAAACUUGUCUGUUCUUCCAUAUGGUCUGAUAUCAUGACAGAAAGGUUUAUCAUGUAUUGUAUUUCACAGGCUGGUUUGGAAAUAGUAUAAUUAUUUGGCAGUUGCCUAUUUAUUUUUCAUCUUGUGACGGGGUCUGUGGUUAACCGAUAUUGAACACCAUCAUUUAGUUAUUGUAAUUCCUUAAUGUCAAAAUCAGUUUACAGUACCAA